AGAACGGUUGAGCCAUAUUGAUGUGGUUGCGUUACGUGGAGAGUUUAAACUGAAAGGGAAAGCUUAAAAGUUGACAUUAUGGAUUCCGUUUGUUCCUGCUUGCACGCUGAGGAUUUUGAGGACUACAUGAAUCCAAACAGUAAUAUUUAUAGAAAUUGUUUGUGCCUCGGGUGCUUCUUUCAGAAUUUUAUACACACGUGUACCACGUUAUUUCAAAGAGGAGAGCUGCACUCUGUCCCUUCAUCCAUUCAGGGAAUAGCAUCUAUGAACUCUUCUGCAUCACUAGACAACUCACUUUCUAACAUGUACUUUUCUGCUCCAUGGCCCUUGCCUUGUGAUUCUGACACCAGAUAUUUUCGCUUACAAUGUAAUGGUCUUGUUUCAAGACUUGAGAAGGGUUCAAGUCAUUCACAAGGGGAAUUGGAGCCUUUAAGAGGUGAAGAUGAUGCAGGUCCGGAUUCUUUGAGUUUGAGGAGAGGAGAAAAAUGGAAUGCUUGUGAACAAGGCUCAACUGAGCAGCAUUCCAAAUCCUCACAACUCUCGUCAACAAAAACGUCGGUUGGAAUUGAGAACAUCUAUCCACUGGAAGAGGAGGAUAUCUGUCCAACAUGUCUUGAAGAAUAUACUGUAGAGAAUCCGAAGAUAAUAACAAAGUUUCUGGUUAUCUAA